AUGAAUCUUGUUCAAAUCGAACGAACAUCUUCCAUUGAACAAUUCUUAGAAAAUGUUUUAAAAAAAAUUGAUAAUAAAAAUUCAAAUAAUUAUAAACAAAUUGAAAAUAUUCUUCAAUCACAAGUAACAAAAUAUAUUCCAGCUACAAUUUUAAUCGAUGCAUAUAAAUUAUCGAAUAAAGAAAAUUAUCUUCAUGAAAUAUUAGCUGGUUGUGAUUUAUUUGUACCACCUUAUAUUGAACCAGAACGAAAUCCUGAAUUAAAUGAACGUAUUGAAAAAUUAAAAGCUGAACAAGCUAAUCGUGAAUAUGAUGAAAUGACAAAAAAUGUUAAUUUAAAUAGAUUAUAUUUAAAUAAAUCUGGAGAUUCCAUUAUACCUGAUAUGAAAUCGGUACAAGGACAAUUAAUAACUGUUGCAAAUGUUUUUUUAACUAUCGGCGGAGCAUUUGUAUUUGGUUAUAAAGCAAUUGAAUAUUCAACUGGAACAAAAAAUUUUGUUUUACAAAUAUCAUUUGGACUUUUCUGUGCAUUCAUUGUUGCUAUUGCUGAUUUAUAUUUUCUUUUUAAACGUUUAAAUAAACUUGAAUAA